CUUCCUCCAAGACUCUUCUAUAAAAUGUAACUAUGAUAUGGAGCAAAGGAGAGUCUGAGCUUUGUGAAUUUCUCAGGACCCAGGAGGACCUCUGAGUGGGACAAAGCCAAGAUGAAAGUCCCCCUACUUCUGGCUCUUCUAUUUGGGGUAGUUUCAACUCUUCAUCUGAGGACUGUGAAAUCUAACUCUGAGAGCUUCUUGGGAGAUGAGAUCACGCCUCAGGAUGGGGAGAUGCCAGAAAAUGAGCCAAAGGAGGCCCCUACAGGGGAGAUGACGCUGCUGGAGGAAAAAGAGGAGGGGUACUCUGGAACGGAAGAUGACCCUGAGGAGGAGGGAGCUGUAGAGUGUGACUCAGCCCUGGAUAAGGAGGAGGAGGACUUUCAGUGCCCUAAAGAAGAGGACAUAGUGAGACUGGAGGGCAGCCCUGGGUGCAAAAACUGUCCACGUUUCCUCCUGGUGAGGCAUUUCAAGAAAUUUAAUAAAGCUCAGCGUGUUUGCCGGAGGUGCUACAGAGGCAACCUCGCCUCCAUCCACAGUGCCGGCUCAAAUUGCCAGAUUCAGAACACAGUCAGAUGUCUCAACCAGGGCCAAGUCUGGAUUGGAGGCACGGUCAGAGGCUGGGGUCCCUUCAGACAUUUCUCCUGGGUUGAUGGCAGUGGCUGGAACUAUGCAACCUGGGCUGCUGGCCAACCUGCAUUCUAUAGUGGCAGAUGUGUGUCCUUCUGUACCAAAGGAGGCCGCUGGCGUAUAAAUAGAUGUGGAAGGCGGCUCCCCUUCAUCUGUGCCUACUAAACUGGACCCAGCCAGGAGUCCAGAGCACCGGCUCCUGGGUAGCUGCCUCCUCUCCCCACGUGCUGUCCCUGCUUCUAGCCCCCAGCAAUAAAACUGCUUUCCUGAAACUGA